AUGACCCGAGUCAAGAAGCCUCGCGGCAUUCGACACGACCGAGAUUGCUAUCGCUGCAAAGUCCGAGGGGUCAAAUGUGACUUGAACCGGCCCCGAUGUCAAGCCUGCGUCCAGAGUGGGGAAGCAUGCAGCUAUCCACAGCGAGUUGUAUGGAUGGAAGAUAAAAAGCCCAAGACAAAAGCAUCUCCCGAAGCACAACAGGUCUCUCAACACGUCUCAAGUGACGAAAUAUCAACAAAUACGGGAAGCACUGUCAAGUCAACGUCCGUCAAUCUAUAUGGCUUCAUUGACCUCCUCGGCACUUUCUACCAACAAAUCCACUCUAAUAACCACGACAUCCCAGAAGAAGGCGUUCAGCUCAUUUCACGCACACUCAGCUUUGCCCGCUCACGCAUCGAAGAUGGCAACAACAGGGAAUCUAUCCAGUCGCAUCUCGUGGCCCUGGCCAACCUGAAUCAAGUCAUCGAGUCCGCACACCCAAUCGCACUCUUUGGCAUCGCUACGUUCGCAAUGUUCGAAGUCUGUUGUGGGUCCUUCGGCAAUUGGCAUUGUCAUCUCCAAGGUGCACGCUCUCUUCUAGAUCUCCACUGCCACCACAAAGCCAACCUCGACGAUCUCUGCAACGAGAUAUUCGGCCUGGCCGAUGUCCUCGCCUAUCUAGUGUGGUUCGACGUGACGGGUGCUCUUGUCCGAUCAGACCCAUUAAUAUUUGACGACUGGCAUCGCGAGAUCUUGUCUGCCAGUUUCCUAGAUUCGGUCGGAUGUCCCGCCGACACAUUCGAUCUGUUUGUUCAUCUUGGCAAGCACAGUGAUAUCAAUGGUAUUGAUCUCAGUGCUAGAGCUAUGGCCCAGAUGCUGAAGAUCGGCACCGGUAGUACAGAUCGCAGUCUUGCUGCGACCGUGUUUAGAGGAACCGCGGCGAUUAUGGCAUUCAGUCGGGCCGGGGCGGUGGGGGACCCGGCUACAUCGCUAUAUCAUUCUAAUGUGCUCUCUGCUAUGGUGGAUCGGACUUGCGAAGCUAUCGCGGAGGUCUCUUCUACAUCGAGGUUCUAUGUGCAUCUUGCUACGCCGGCGUAUCUGACGGGGAUGUGUGCAUCAACAGCCCGACAAUGCGAGAUCAUCCGGACUUACUGGCGAAACUGCCAGUCGUGUGAGUUUCCUCGUUAUCCGGACGCGGAGGCGCAAUGCGAGAGGAGAUGGAGGAGUUGCGGAGUGGGGUUUAGCAAUUAG